CAGCACAGAGGGAGCGCUGACAGGCGAGCAGGGAGUGUCCUUUAUUACACCACAGGGAAAGAGUAUCACACUUGCUGUCAGGAAGAAGAGUCCCCCAGCAUCCUAACAUCCCGGACUAUACCUGAAGAAACUUAUUUUUGUUUGCAGCUGACGCGAAUUGGCUGGUGAAGUUUGACGCGCUCAUUACGCACUAAAGAACCUCCUGCAACAGGAAAGCGUUUUUUCUUCUUUAGUUUCUUUCUUUCUUUCUUUCUUUUUUGCCUACUAUUCACAUGAAGCAACUUUUUUCUCGGAGUCCAGAUUUUGUUGUUAGACUGUGUGCCUAUCAGCCGAAGUCGCGCGUCUUGCUGCUGAAAACCUGCGUGGAAACAUGAAUGUGUCUCUCUUUAACAUGACUCAGGAAGCGCUCUUUAACGGGAGUCAGACCCUCACCGAUGCUCUGGCGACAUACUCAAGUAACAGCACGGACGACGUGGUUACUGGAGAUGGCGGAGGGUCGCUGGUGCUUCUGCAGGAAGAGCGUAAACUCUUCGUCAUGCGUGUGGUGCAGAUCGCUGUUCUGUGCGUCCUGUCGCUCACCGUCAUGUUCGGCAUAUUUUUCCUGGGUUGCAACCUGAUGAUCAAAUCAGAGAGCAUGAUUAACUUCUUGGUGAAAGAGCGGAGACCUUCAAAAGACGUGGAGACUGUCAUGGUUGGGCUCAGCUAGGGCGAUGACAUCAGACCCGGUGGAGAAACUGCGGGGGGAUCCAGCCGCUGACCAAAGCCCGUGUCUGCUAAAUGUGAUCAAAGACGCUCUCUUUGUGUCCCAGACACCAAAGAUAUGCAAAACUUCACGCUUCCUUCCAAGAAAUGACUACAGGCAAGUAGUCCAACGACCAAUGUUCGUGCGUAAAGCUUGUGCGUAAAAUCUGGGCAGUUGUUUACACGUGGGCCGUUUCGUUGAAUACUUUUUUUGGAUGAAUUUGAUAUUGCCAACUUGAACAAAGUGACAACAACGUUUACAACCAUCAUGUCAUGUUUCUUUCCUUAUUUUCGUAAAAUUCAAGUGACUUUGUUUGGAAAUAUGCCCUCGAGCAUGUUUGUGAGUUCUAGUAGUUCCACGCCUGCCAGUGCAGUCUGUGAAAGUGAUGGAUGUGUGGAUUUUCUCUUUACAAAAAAAAGUAUUUUUCUUGGUCUCGUUUGGUAAAUUUACUCUUAAUGCCGAUGUUUUCGAUCGGCCUUUUUGAAGAAACCGCCUCAUAGCUUUAUGGAGUGGUUGUAAACAUUUAUGGCAUGCUCGCGGAUCGACAAAGUGAUUUUUGACCCGUUUUGCACUUUUGAAAGUCACUAAUGCUGCAUGAACUUUUUGUACCAAAUUCUUGAAAACGUAGCAUGCAAUUAAAAUACUGAAACUGACA